AUGGCAGAGAAUUCUCAACAAUUUGGCUUCCGUGAGAGUAACCUUACCCGCAGGGUUAACGAGGUGGAGUCGACAUCUAUUCAGCAACAGUUGUCGGAGCUAACAUCCGUUGUUCGACAAUUAGCUGUGGGGAAUGUGCCCCAAGUAAAGGCCUGUAGAAUCUGCACAAAUAUGGGCCACCCUACUAACUUAUGCCCUAUGUUGCAAGAGAAUGGGGCUGAACAAGUGAACAUGGCUGGAGGCGUGCCUGCGCCUCGUAGGCAAUAUGAUCCAUACUCCAACACGUACAACCCGGGUUGGAGAGAUCACCCCAAUUUCAACUAUGGUAAUAGGCCACAAAAUGCAUUCUCCAAUCGUCCACCAGGAUUUCAGCAACCUUGGCAACAGAAGUCUCAACCCUCGUUCUCAAGCUCAGGGAGUUCUUUGGAGGAAAUUGUCAAGAGUUUGGCCAUGACUACCACUCAGCUCCAGCAGGAGACUAGAACCUUAGUCGCGAGCACUACCCAGUUCCAACAGGACACCAAAGCAGGCAUGAAAGACAUGGAGACUCGCAUGAGUCAAAUGGUAACUGCCAUUAAUCGUCUGGAGUCCCACGUCUAUGGAAAAUUGCCAUCGCAACCUGAGACAAACCCCAGAAAUGUAAGUACAAUGACAUUAAGGAGUGGCAAGGAAGUGGAGGGGUCAAAGGUCACGAAUUUGAAGAGUAAAAGUGAAUACGAGAUCGAGAAGGAGAUAGAGGAAGAAGGACACAUUCGUGGAGGUACUGAGAUAACUCUUACACCAUCAAUACCCGUUAAAUCUAAUUUACCCCCUUUUCCAUGCAGGUUGGCAAAGACAAAGAAGGCAGAGAAGGAAAAAGAGAUCCUGGACGUAUUCAGGAAAGUGGAGAUCAACAUCCCCUUGUUGGAAGCAAUUAAGCAAGUGCCGAAGUACGCGAAAUUUUUCAAGGAUUUAUGCACCCAUAAGAGGAAAUUGAGAGGGGAUGAAAGAGUAGCGGUGGGAGAAAACGUAUCGGCCAUGCUCCAAAGAAAGCUCCCACCCAAGUGUGGAGAUCCAGGUAUGUUCAUGAUCCCGUGCAAAAUAGGAAAUACACCAAUUAGAAAAGCAAUGUUAGAUUUAGGGGCGUCAAUUAAUGUGAUGCCAAAGACCAUUUUUACGUCUCUAAAUCUUGGGCCACUUAAAGAAACAGCCAUCAUAAUCCAACUAGUUGAUCGCACAAAUGCUUAUCCAGAGGGGCUAGUUGAGGAUGUUCUGGUUCAGGUAAAUGAAUUAGUCUUUCCUGCAGAUUUUUAUAUCUUGGACAUGAGAGAUGAAAAAUCAUUAAACCCGUCACCUAUUUUAUUAGGUAGACCGUUUCUUAGCACUGCCAGGACUAAGAUAGAUGUGAAUGAGGGUACUUAG